AUGGAACAAGAAAACGCUCAAGUAUCUGUGAGGUUUGUUGGAGAAGAUGGGAAGGAGUUGGGUGGAGCUGGGAUUCUGCUUCCUGUUUCAGUAACAUCUACUCAAUUACAAAUUCUGUGCAAUCAAUUGCUGGAGUCGAGUGAAGAUCCUGUGCCCAUAGCAUUUUUCACAGAAGAUGGUGUUGAAAUAAGUGAAACUAUUGAAAAAGCUGUAGAGAAAAUUGAUAGCGAGAAGACUUUAAGCUUGAUAUAUCAACCUCAAGCAGUUUUCCGAGUAUCACCUGUUACAAGAUGUUCGGCUAGUAUUCCAGGACAUGGCGAACCCGUGAUAUCAGCGCAAUUUAGUCCAGACGGAAGAGGUCUUGCUUCUGGUUCAGGGGACACAACCGUUAGGAUAUGGGACCUUAACACAGAACUUCCUUUAUUUACUUGUAAAGGUCAUCGUAAUUGGGUCUUAUGUUUAGCAUGGUCCCCAGAUAGUACUAAGAUUGCUUCAGCUUGCAAAUCUGGUCAGAUAAUUCUGUGGGAUGCUGCAACCGGUACCCAGAUUGGAAAGCCUAUGAUCAGGCAUAAGCAAUGGGUCACUUAUCUUGCUUGGCAACCUAUGCAUAACGAUAAAGAGAGCAGGUUCUUGGCUAGUGCUGGAAAGGACUGCAACAUUUUCAUAUGGGAUACAAUUUCGCACACUGUGGUUAGAUCUUUAACAGGACAUACUGCUAGUGUUACCAGUAUCAGAUGGGGAGGUGAAGGAUUAAUCUAUUCUGGUUCUCAGGAUCGUACUGUCAAGGUAUGGAGAGCAAGCGAUGGAAUAUUGUGCCGUACUCUUAAUGGGCAUGCUCAUUGGAUAAACACGUUAGCAUUGAAUACCGAUUACUGCUUACGAACGAGUUGUUUUGAUGCCAAGGAUGGAUGUAAACGCCCUGCCAAUAAAGAAGAGGCCCAAAAAAUCUCUCAAAGACGUUACGACGAAGCCAUUAAAAUUUCUGGAGGAGAACGAUUGGUGAGUGGAUCUGAUGACUUCACCAUGUUCUUAUGGAAUCCCGCUGAGUCGAAACAACAAAUAGCCCGUAUGACGGGACACCAACAGCUUGUUAAUCAUGUUAUGUUUUCACCUGAUACUCGAUUCAUUGCUUCGGCUUCAUUCGAUAAAUCCAUCAAAUUAUGGUGUGGGAGAACAGGAAAGUAUUUGUCUUCUCUGAGAGGCCAUGUAAAUGCGGUUUACCAAAUUUCUUGGUCAGCUGAUAGUCGCUUACUAGUAUCUGGAUCGGCAGACUCAACAUUAAAGGUAUGGGACAUGAGAUCCAAGAGACUUGCAUACGAUUUACCUGGACAUGCUAGUGAAGUUUUCACUGUUGAUUGGAGUCCAGAAGGUACCAAAGUUGCUAGUGGUGGAAAAGACAAAGUUAUGAAACUUUGGAGACAGUGA